AUGGAAACCAAAGUAGCGGUUGUUACUGGCAGUAAUAAAGGUAUAGGUUUUGAGAUCGUAAAGGGGUUAUGCCAAAAGUUUAAUGGCACCGUAUAUCUAACUUCUAGAAAUGAGGAAAGAGGAAGAAAAGCAGUACAAAAAUUAGAGGCUUUGGGACUUCGACCAUCAUUCCAUACGUUAGAUGUUACAAAUGAAUCCAGCAUAGAGGAAUUUGCCAAAUAUAUUUCUACACACCAUUCCGGUAUCGAUGUACUCGUAAACAAUGCCGGUAUUUUAGAUUUUGAUAAGCCUUUGCCUACUUACGAAGAAGCUAAGAAGCUAAUUGAUACAAAUUUCUACAGUGUUCUUAAAAUUUCCAAAAUACUGUAUCCAUUGCUUAAAAAUGACGCCCGAAUUGUCAAUUUGAGCAGUGAUUGGGGUUUGUUAUCGAACAUUAGGAAGCAGGCUUGGCUGGACAUUCUUGCUAAGGAUGACCUCACAGUAGACGAAAUAUUGCAGUUUGUUGAUGAUUUUUUGCAGCAUGUCAAAAAUGGUAAAAGUUCAUUUGUGUCCUUCGCAGGUCAUAAUGGUGACUAUAAAGUUUCAAAAGUGGCUCUGUCGGCUCUUACUUUUGUCCAACAGAAACAAUUAAUUGCACAAGGGAAAGAUAUAUCCGUUAAUUGUGUUCACCCAGGCUUUGUUAAAACAGAUAUGACAAAAGGAAUGGGUGAUUUUACUCCAGAGCGUGGAGCUCGGGCCCCCCUGUAUCUAGCACUGGAAGCACCACAGUCUUUAAAAGGCACAUUUGUGUGGCACGAUUGUCAUCAAGUGAACUGGGAUGAUUAAAAAUACAAAGUUAAUGUUGUUUUUAUUCUGUGAUAUAGUGUCACAUACACUUAAACUUUAAUAUAUGUUUUUUUUU